UAGAAGACUCCUAGCAGUGGGAAUUACGACAAUACGAUCUAAGCCCAAGCGCUAGCGCUAGCAGUCCAAAUGAAUGUAUGCCUCAUGUCUCACUGCCAGGCUUCUGGAUCCACAUUGAACGUUUACAACCACAUUAUAGAUCCAGAUUAUAUCUGCCAUUCCAAGUGGUCAUGGUGGCCUCGGAGCAUAAUUGUUAGCGCUUGAAUCUGGUGUAUCACGCUAUGGCAUGCGUGCAUCAAUACACGAGCCCGAGCCCUUAAAUAGAAUGGGAUUGACAAGCGUAUAAUCUCAACUUCACCAUGACCCUCCUACCCUACACAACCUUGGUAUACAUUGGAUUUGUUUGCGCUUCACUACCAAGUCUCAAUGGUACCAGUGUCCAUACCCUCAACGCCAGCGACUGUCCGUCCUGCAACACCAGAACCUUGUGGGACAUUAUCUGGAGCUGUGGGAUAACUUUAUUUGCGUGCACAUGGACUGCCAUCCAUACGAAUGUUCCAGGCAUGGAGGAGAAGGCAUUUGCUAUUACCUCUCGUCGUUUAUUCACCAUUGUCAUGGCGUUGAUCGCCCCGGAGCUCAUGGUCACCUGGGCCACGCGGCAGUUUUUCAGCGCUCGUGCAGCUGCAAAGGACUUCAACGAUGAAAUUGGUGCACAAUAUGCUACGACUCAAGGCGAUCAUCGAGUUAUAUCAGAGACCACGGUUAAAUCACUUGGUGAAAUUGAACAAUCAAGUGGAAAUCCCAGCGCUCCCAAACCUGCAGAUUUUACAGUAUGGACGGUGACAAAUGGGUUCUUCGCGUGGAUGGGUGGAUUCAUGCUUUACGUCGAUGGCAAGCCGCAAGCCACUCUUACACCCCAUGAACUUCUGCGCUUUGUUCGUGAGGGACACGUGGACAUGCCUGUUAUUACAGAGGCAGAUAUAGAAGAUCGAAGCAAGGGAGAUGGACUAUCAAAAGGCAUCGCCAUUCUUCAGCUGGUGUGGUUUGUCGCUCAGCUUGUCGCACGUUACGUUCAGAACCUUCCUUGCUUGAAAUCGACACCCUAGCUGUAGCUGCUCUAACAUGCAUUGCCUAUUUCUUGUGGUGGAAGAAACCUAAGGAUGUACGACGUCCUUCCGUUCUUCAUUGGAAGGCAACUGCAUC